GCGUGGCCUCGCCUUCCCCUCAGAGUCUCCUCAGAGAUUCUUUUCCCUCAGAGCGUCUCUGGCUCGGGAGGCGAUGGCGGCGAAGCGGCGGGCGGUGCUCUUCGACCUGGGCGGCGUCCUCUUCGGCAGCGGCCUCCCGGGAGUCUUCCGGCAGCUGGAGCCGUCGCUGGGCCUGCCCGGCGAUUUCUUCCAAAAUGCUGCCUUGCAAGGAGGCAUUGAUGGACACUUCUCCAAAGCGAUGACGGGCCAGAUGGCACUCACUCAGAUGAUGGCCGACUUUGAAGAAGACUGUAAGAAGGCUGCUGGUGCCUCUGGAGCCUCCCUCCCAAAACAGUUCUCGGUGGCUCAGAUCGUUGAGAAAUUGAUGGAGGAACAUUCCUUCAAUACCGCUUUCCUGCGGGCAGCUGUGGUGCUCAGGGAGAAUGGCUUCAAGACAGCUGUCCUGACCAACAACUGGGUUGAUGACAGCCACUUCAGGCACCGUACAGGCCUUGCCCUUUGUCUGCUGAACAGAUAUUUUGACCGGGUGAUUGAGUCAUGCCGUGUCGGUCUGCAGAAGCCAGAUCCCAAGAUCUAUGAGUAUGCACUGGAUGUGCUGAAAGUGAAACCUGAAGAGGUUAUUUUUCUGGAUGACACUGGCGCAAACUUGAAGCCCGCUCGGGAGAUGGGCAUGGCCACCAUCCUCGUGAAAGAUUUUGACUCUGCUCUGAAGGAGCUGCAGGACCUGACGGGAGUUCAGCUUCUUGAGCAGGAGGAAUGCCUUCCGCCCGCCUGUGAACCGGAGAGUGUGGUCCACGGCUAUGUGGCGAUCAAGCCUGGUACCCGGCUGCACUUUGUGGAACUGGGUAGUGGUCCGGUCGUUCUCCUGUGCCACGGCUUCCCAGAGUCCUGGUUAUCUUGGAGGUACCAGAUCCCAGCUCUAGCUGACGCUGGCUUCCGUGUCAUUGCCGUGGAAAUGAAAGGAUACGGAGACUCCACAGCUCCCCCAGAGAUAGAGGAAUAUUCCCAGGAAGAAAUAUGCAAGGAUCUGCUGGUCUUCCUGGACAAAAUGGGCAUCGCCCAAGCUACCUUCAUCGGCCACGACUGGGGUGGUGUCACGGUGUGGCACAUGGCUCUCCUUUACCCAGAGCGAGUCAGGGCAGUGGCUGGACUGAAUACUCCCUACAAGCCUCCAGAUCCCGCAGUGGAUGUAAUGAAAAGGAUUGAAUCCAUACCUGUCUUUGAUUAUCAGCUCUACUUCCAGGAGCCAGGAGUUGCAGAGACUGAACUGGAGAAGGACAUCAGCAGGACUCUGAAGUUCAUGAUCCGGUCGAUCCGGAAGGAGGACAAGAUAAACGGCCCUUCGCUUGAUGUCAGGAAAUGCCGGGAGCGAGGAGGACUGCUGAAAGGACUUUCCGAAGACGCACCCCCAAGUUCUCUCCUGCCAGAGCCUGUACUGCAGUACUAUCUCCAACAGUUUCAAAAAUCUGGAUUUAGAGGACCACUGAACUGGUACCGAAACAUGCAGGCGAACGUGCGCUGGGGAUCCCGUGCAAGGAGCUGGAAGAUCAGAGUUCCUGCUUUGAUGGUCACUGCUGGGGGGGACACAGUCCUGUCCCCGAAAUUGAGCAAAGGCAUGGAAGAAUGGAUUCCACAUCUGAGCCGUGGGCACAUUGAAGAGUGCGGACACUUCACGCAGAUGGAGAGGCCUGCGGCUUUGAACAAGAUCCUCAUCGAGUGGUUGCAGGGCGUUCACAAGGAUGUGCCACUGCAGUCAAUGGCCAAGCUCUAAGCAGGACCCGGGCAGCAAGCCUGGCUCAAGCGCUGGCGGUUGGCUUUGGGAAGAAGCCAUUGCGGAUGUGCUCUGAAGGGCUGUGGGUGCUUUCGGAAACAAAAUGGAUUUUCACGUUGGUGGUGUGGAAAAAAAAUGUGUUACAGUGGUAUCUUGGUUUUCGAACGUCUCCAUUGCCAAACGUUUCGGUUUUCAAAUGCCAUAAACCCAGAAGUAAAUGCUUCGGUUUUCAAACACUUUUUGGAAGUCAAACAUGUCACGUGGCUUCCAUAUCGAGUUUUCUGUAUUGAGAUUUCCGUUCUGAGGCUUCUGUAUUGAGAUUUCCGUUUUAGAACGUUUCGGAACUCAAACGGUCUUCCGGAACGGAUUACGUUCGAAAACCGAGGUACCGCUGUAUAAUGUAAUUCGUUCUUAACAACAGAAAAUGGACUAACAAUCAUGUUUUAAUAGCACAAAGCCCAAAACACCAGAAAAUAGCCCCUUCCCCACAAGUUCUCAGCUCAUAUUGAUUCUGCUGAAAGUUUCGUAAGUGAGAGAAUAAUUAUAUUUUUAAGAAAACUGUCCAAGAUAAUUCACCUGGCUUAAGAGUUUCGGGUCCAACACACCAUGGUUUAUUGGACUGAGAAUAAGCACUUCCUCCUCCUCCUCCUUGAAUCAAAGAAUUGUAGAGUUGGAAGAGACCCAAAGGACCAUCUAGUCCAACCCAGGCACCUACCUGAAGAGGAGGCCCAAGAUGGUGAUUGUUGUAGUGCAGCAACAUUUGCAAGGCCACAGGUUCUCCACCCCUCCUGUAAGAUUUUGAAGAUUUGGUUGCAAUUGUGUAAGCCCAGAAACCCCCCAAAGCCAGAGAAUCUGUUCACGAAGAUUUCCACCAAGUGAGGGUGAGGUUUCUGUGCUCCUUUGCCUUAACUAGGAAAAUCAGGACAAAUCAUGUAGAAUGGGGGAGAGUAUUAUGCAAAUUCUGGGCUCAGAAGUUGGCGUCAGGAUUCUAACACAGAGCUGUGCCUAACCGGAGGUCCCAGGCACUGAGUCUUGGGCCUUCCAUGUUCCAUGAAAAACAUGUGCCUUACUGCUGAACAAACAAACCCAGCCCUGCCUUAUGCUUCUGCAGCUUCAGAUUGCCUUAGGAAUCUCUCUGCUGCUUUUAUUGCUGCAAGAACUACUUGUAGAAAAUCAGUAACUGGAAUAAAAAAAGAAGUUUACAAACUGCGUUUCUUUUUAAAAAAUUAUUUUAGUACAAUUUUCAUUAUUACCAUUUCCAAAAAUCACAUUCACAUUCAAAUGUAAAUUUCCACGGUUAAUAUCUUUCUUUUAAUAAAAACAUUCAACAACUUC